UUCACAUGCUUGCAGAAAAUGGCUUACUCAAAUUAAGUUACUGGGUUGAUCUUUAUCACAUUUUCUAGGUUGAUAGAACCACUGUGUACCCAAUUAUAGCACUUAAACAUGGAAAAAGUCUGAUUUUCACGCUAUGACCCCUUUAAAUGUAACUAAUGCAGGUUGCGGUUUAAAUCUCAUAACCAUUCAUUAAUACAGUACUGUUUUCAAAAUGGCACCUGACAAUGAAACCUUUCCGUCUGCUUCAAACCAGUGGAAAUAAUUACAGUAAUGUGAGAGAUGAACUACUUUUGUGGUUUUACUUUGCUUGCUGUUUAUAGAAACCUGAGGUGACUUUGUGUUUUCUUGUGAUAAACAAUGGUGUGCGUCAGAGGAAGGUGUGAGUAAAAACAGGAAAUGGUUUCUUUAGCAAAACUAGGGCACAAAGGCUUCAUGACCCUCAUCUCACUCUGCACGAGCUUGAUUGACACAUUCAUAUUUACUGAGGUCCUCAUCUGCAAUCUACUAUUGCCAUCUAGUGAGCGAUUUAAGUAAUGUUGCUUCAUACAUUUGUCUUUAAAGAGAUGGUUUACCCAAAAAUGAAAAUUCUGUAAUUAUUUUCUCACUACGUACUAUGUUGUUACAAAACUGUAUAUGUUUCUUUGUUCUGAUAAACACAAGAGAAAAUAAUUUGAGGAAUGUUUGAAACCAAAAUCAUCAUAAGCCCCAUUUACUUCCAUAGAAUUCUUUUUUUCUACUAGAUCUGCAUGUUUGUAGUUAAUUUCUUAUGUUUGUUUAAUGUGGUGUAUUACUGCAGGAGUUCAUAAAUCUUCUAAUAGCUGAAUACUAUAAAUUCUGCAGUGUGACAUAAAUCCUGUCAAAAAGUGUUUUUUCUAAAACUUUCUGUCUUAUAGUUACAAUAAUAUGUGAGAAUCUUAAUUUGUAAAUUAUGUAUAUAUACAGCAUUAAGUUGAGUGUAGUGCAGUAAGAGUGCUGUCCACUAGAGGCGCUGUUUGACUGUGAUGAAUUCAACGUUCAGUCACUGCUGAUUGUGGGAGGGGCCAGUAAAGAUGAUUGACACUUAUAAGAGCUGAAUAGAGAGGACGAAUGAAGAGCAGUCAGAUGUGUAGAGACACACAGAGAACAUUUAGCAUCAAGAAGAUCAACAUCCUCAACUCACAAUGAAGAUCCUCCUCAUCUUCACUUUCUUCAUCAUCUCAGGUGCCGUUAGAUGCUUUGAUGUGAUUGGAUAUUCUGGAGGAAGUGUUCUAGUGGAUUCACAGAAACCUUGGUGUAGCGACUGUUUUAAAUAUAUGACUAAACUAAACCCACACAGAAACAUAAUAAACUAUAAGAAACACGAUAAGUGGAUUAAUGAAGGAAGAUUCACUCUGUAUUGUAACACAUUUGAAAACCUGAUGAUUUACAUCAAAGAUCUGAACACAGAGGAUUCUGGAAGAUACCAGAUUGGGGUUGAUGACCAAUGGUACACUGAUAUGACUCUGAAUGUGAGAGAAGAUUCAUGUUGUGGGGCGUCACAGACAGUGAUGGUGAAUACUGGAGAAAAUGCAAACUUCAGAUGUCAAUAUUCACAGGAUUAUAAGACUGAUGAGAAGUUCAUAUUUAAAAAACGAAAAGACUUAACCGAUAUUAUCUACAGCACAUGGCAGAAGAAAGAGAGAUUCAGUAUUUCUGAUGACAGAGAUAAAAACCUCCUCAAUAUAAAAAUUACUGAUGUGAGAUCAGAAGAUGCAGGAGUUUAUUUAUGUGGAGUUCAGCGUUACAGAGACUCCUACAGUUACUUCAUUUUUACUGCUGUUCAUCUCAACAUUAUGAGUAUUGCACUGGAACAUUUGUGGGUGAAUAAAUCUGUUUAUGUUGGUGAUGAAGUCAAUAUUAGCUGUCAGAUCCCAGAGGAACAUCAAGUCUCAAAACUCUUCUGUAAAGAGGAUGAAAAUCACAUCUGCCAAAACAUCAACUCAUCUAAAGUUGAACUGAAUGAUUUAUUUCAUAAAACUACAAAGUAUCUGUGUAAGAGCUCCACUACAGAUAGAAAUCCUCUCAUUGAGACUGUGAGAGAUGAGAUGAAGAUGAACAGAUUGACUGUGAAUGAUGACAUGACAGCAAGUGUGUUUACUGUGAACAUCACUGGCUUGACAACAGAGGAUGCUGGGAAAUACUUCUGUACAGUGAGAUUAGAAACAGAUGUGAUUUAUCUUUACACCCAUCUGAUUAUUAUCAUGAACGAGGAGAUGAUCUUGAAUAAACGUGAAGGAGACGACAUGUCAAUCCAGUGUAAACAUCAUGCUGAAUAUCAGAAACUCUUCUGUAAAGCACAUGAACCCUCAAUGUGUAUAAAUGAUGGAGUUUCAUUACAGUCAAUGAGAGAUAAUGAAACAUCUGCUGGAGUCUUUACUGUAAACAUCAGUCAUCUGAAAGAAGAGGAUUCUGGGAUAUACUGGUGUGGAUCUCACAUCAUCACUAAAGUCAAGUUAAACGUCACAAGAGUUUCAUAUCUUAAAAGUAUUGUUUUAAAACUGGACAAGGAUUUUAAAGACUCUGUUGAAAGUAAUCUUAACCGUGAAGUGUGUUUUAGAGAGGCUGUGGAUUUUAAAUUUUGUAAGCUGGAGGAAUCUGUGAAGGAUGCCGUGGCCACACUGGAGAGAGAGGUGGUUGAUUGUUUUAAACGGCGAGACAAGAAAUGGGCAAAGCUACUGGAACAAAAGAAGCAUCCAGAAGCCGCUGUCUCCCCACCUUCAUCAACUGCCUACCCAGCACCACCCACGAUCUCCCCUGGUAUUCCUCCUGACAUCAGUCCCACCACCUUGAACACUUCACGAAUCUUCAACAGAGCCACUGACCGAGAACUCUGUGCCACUACAUCAGCAGGGCCAGAUUUCCACUACAUCUUCUCCAUUCUCCCCUUCUCCAGAGACACAUUCAGCAGCACGCAGGUUGAUGACGUCAUGCUCCAGGAACUGACCAUCUCUCCACCCACAUCCCAGAACAACAACAUCAGCGUGAGGAGCCACCAGGGCCUGCUGUAUCGUCAGAUCCAGAAGGACAACGACCAGGGCAGGAUACAGAUCAUUAUCCCUCAGGCCCUGGUCCAACGGACGAUACAGCACCUCCAUUCAAGGACUGAGGAGAAACAUCACUGUCGACUAAAGACUCUCCUCAGGAUCCUGGAGGUGGCCUGGUGGCCUACCAUCCGCAAAGACGUCUGGACAUUUGUAAAGAACUGCCAAGGGUGUGGUGUGGAGAACGAGGAGUAUGCCGUCAUCGGCCUCAAACCAGAUUCACAGCCUCAACAUCAAUGUUCAUCACCAGCUACAGCUACUUCUCACCACCAGACUACGAAGCCGGACAGGAGUAAAUACCCGGGAGAGCGGCAUGCCAGAAGAGCUGGGUGCUUCAGGACCCCGGGAGGAGCGGCGCCACCUACCCAGGGAUGCCCAGUCUGGUAUUGUAUCCCACCUCUCUUACGUAUUUCCACAGAUUCCUCCGGCAAGCUAGUGCCGAUGUGGGAGGGCCUAGCAGAUCUGAACACAGAGGAUUCUGGAAGAUACCGGAUUGGUGUUGAUGACCAAUGGUACACUGAUAUGACCCUGACUGUGAGAGAAGCGUCACAGACAGUGAUGGUGAAUAAAAGAGAAUAUGCAGACUUCAGAUGUCAAUAUUCACAGGAUUAUAAGACUGAUGAGAAGGUCGUAUUCAAGAAAGAAAAAGUCUCCAUUUUGAUGAUCUUCAGCACAUGGAGGAAGAACGAGAGAUUCAGUAUUUCUGAUGACAGAGAUAAAAACCUCUUCAGUGUGAGAAUAACUGAUGUGAGAUCAGAAGAUGCAGGAGUUUAUUUAUGUGGAGUUUGGCUUUACAGAGACUCCUACAGUUACUCCAUUAUUACUGCUGUUCAUCUCAACAUUAUGACGUCACAGACAGUGAUGGUGAAUACUGGAGAAACUGCAAACUUCAAAUGUCAAUAUUCACAGGAUUAUAAGACUGAUGAGAAGAUCUUAUUUAAACAAGGAAAAGACUCAACCGGGAUUAUCUACAGAACUGACACACAAAAAAAGAAAGAGAGAUUUAGUAUUUCUGAUGAGAGAGAUAAAAACCUCCUCAAUAUAAAAAUAACUGAUGUGAGAUCAGAAGAUGCAGGAGUUUAUUUAUGUGGAGUUCAGCGUUACAGAGACUCCUACAGUUACUCCAUUAUUACUGCUGUUCAUCUCAACAUUAUGAAUUCAUGUUGUGGGGCGUCACAGACAGUGAUGGUGAAUACUGGAGAAACUGCAAACUUCACCUGUCAGUAUUCACAGGAUCCAUGGUACAAUGAGAAGAUCUUAUUGAAAAAAGAAAAUGACACCAUUGAUAUGUUGCUUUCCACCACAAAUGUAAAGCAUAAGAAGGAAAGACUGACCAUUUAUGAUGAUACAAAAAAUAAAGUCUUGCAUGUGGGAAUGACUGAUGUGAGAUCAGAAGAUGCAGGAGUUUAUAUAUGUGGAGUUUACAGAGACUCCUACAGUUACUCCAUUAUUACUGCUGUUCAUCUCAACAUUAUGAGUAAAGUGGGUGUGGUCAAAGUGAGCGGAUACUCAGCAGGUCAAAUCAUCUUCAAGUGUCAUCACCCUCAAUACAAAAAUAACCCAAAAUAUCUGUGUAAAGAAUCAGAUGGAUGUUCUGAGAGGAAAUCUCCAUCAGUUCAGGAUCAAUGGAUGAAGAAUGGAGAUGUUUCUCUAUAUGAUGACACCACAGCAGGAGUCUUGAUGGUGUAUUUUAGAGAUCUGAAUGCUGGAGAUGCUGGGACAUACAGGUGUGGAGUGAAAGUAUCUCAAUAUACUGAGAGCUUCACUGAAAUACAGAUGGACAUUAAACAGGAUUUCAAUGUGUGUGUAAUUUGGUUUACAGCGCUGGCACACUGGUGGGUGAAUAAAUCUGUUUAUGUUGGUGAUGAAGUCAAUAUUAGCUGUCAGAUCCCAGAGGAACAUCAAGUCUGUCCAAAACUCUUCUGUAAAGAGGAUGAAAAUCACAUCUGCCAAAACAUCAACUCAUCUAAAGUUAAACUGAACGAUUUAUCUCAUAAAAGUGUUUUUACUGUGACCAUCAGUAAUGUGACAGUGAGAGAUGCUGGAGUUUACUGGUGUGGAGCAGAAACCACUGAGAGAGAUUUAACUUUCAUCUCUCUGACCACUAAAGUUCAACUCAAUCUGAUCAUGCCUCCAGUGUUUGGAGAUGAAGGAGGAUCUGCUCAGAUCAUCUGUCCUUAUGAUCCCAUCUAUAAAUCAAAGUCAAAGUAUCUGUGUAAGAGCUCCACUACAGAUAGAAAUCCUCUCAUUGAGACUGUGAGAGAUGAGAUGAAGAUGAACAGAUUGACUGUGAAUGAUGACAUGACAGCAAGUGUGUUUACUGUGAACAUCACUGGAUUGACAGCAGAGGAUGCUGGGAAAUACUGCUGUACAGUGAGAUUAGAAACAGAUGUGAUUUAUCUUUACACUCAUCUGAUUAUUAUCAUGAACGAGGAGAUGAUCUUGAAUAAACGUGAAGGAGACGACAUGUCAAUCCAGUGUAAACAUCAUGCUGAAUAUCAGAAACUCUUCUGUAAAGCACAUGAACCCUCAAUGUGUAUAAAUGAUGGAGUUUCAUUACAGUCAAUGAGAGAUAAUGAAACAUCUGCUGGAGUCUUUACUGUAAACAUCAGUCAUCUGAGAGAAGAGGAUUCUGGGAUAUACUGGUGUGGAUCUCACAUCAUUACUAAAGUGCGUCUAGAAGUAACAAAGAGUGUUUCUGGAAAAAUCAUCGCUUGUGUCUGUGUGACUUUACUGCUGAUAGGAGCAUUGAUCCUGUUGUUAUACAAAUUAAGAUAUAUCAAGACACCAGAAAACAUCUCUUCCAGGACACAAAGGACCAUUGGAGAGGUGUCUAAUACUGCAUGUGACUAUGAGAAUGUUAAAGACGUCAGACAGCAUUUAGACUGUGAAGAAGCUGGUAUAUAUUCUUCUGUAGGGAUGCCCACAAUCCCCUCUGAUCUACACAGUCCACUUUAUUCUACUGCACAAUUACCCACAAUUCCCUCUGAUGAUCUGCUGUACGCUGCUGUCAGUUUCCACAAGUAUGAAGAUUCUGUCAGUGAUGUUAAAGUCACCUUCAGUAAAGAGGAGAUUUUAUCCAACUAUGCCAUUGUCAGUCACCAAACAUGAUUCCACUGAUUCAAAGAGACAAGCUUAUUGUGUUUCAUUGUUAUUUAUGUCCCUUGAGUCGUAUCGGUCUGCAAGACAUCACGUGUGUGUGUGUGACUGUUUUUUGCAGGUUUACUAAAGUGGGAAAAAACCUUUCACUGGUCCACCAACCCUCAGCAGCCACAGGGUGUUGAUUGUUUUUGGUUGUAUUUACUGAGCAUUACAUGUUAGUGUUUGUCUCCCUCUGCUGUUCAGCCUG